CACGUUGAAAGCUCGUAAGCUGCUGCAAGCUAUUUCAUUCAUUUCCCGUUGUUGGGAGUCUGUCCACGAUGUCAGAAGCUGCCGGCAAGAAAUUGUCGAAAAAAGUAUAGAUAAGAUAUGUAUCCGUUGAAAACUUAAUUGCCGCGAGAUUAAAAUGCUGGGAUUAGGUCUAAGACAUUUCUUGAAGGCGGAGGCAGCAGUUCUGCCAAGACGAUAUCUUCAGAGAUCCUUACGUACCACAUGUUGUACUUUUAGGAGUGAGCAGAAGAGGCUCCUGAAAGCCGAACAAAAGGCUAAAGAAAAGGCUGAGAAAGAUGCACUGGCAGCGGCCAGCCAACCAGCUAAUGCACCAAAGAAGAAGGACAACAAGGAGGAGGAAAUCAGUCCAAAUGAGUACUACAAACUCAGAACUACGAUGCUGACUGAGGUGAAAGCCAGAGGAGAGAACCCUUAUCCGCACAAAUUCAACGUCGAGAUCAGUCUAGAGGAAUUUAUCAACAAGUACAGCCACCUCAAAGACGGCGAAACGUUGGAAAGCGACGUUAAAACAAUUGCUGGUCGCGUCUUCGCCAUCAGAGAGUCCGGCGCCAAGCUCAUUUUCUACGAUUUGCGAGCCGAAGGAGUGAAGCUGCAAAUCAUGGCAAACGCAGCUCACUACGCCUCCGAGGAGCAGUUCUUGACUGAGACCGGAAAGGUGAGGCGAGGAGACGUGAUUGGAGUGACAGGCGUGCCCUGCCGAACCAAGAAAGGCGAACUAAGCAUGCUGCCCAAGACCAUCGCUGUUUUGUCUCCGUGUUUACACAUGCUGCCUCACCUCCACUACGGCCUCAAGGACAAGGAGACCAGAUUUAGACAGCGCUACCUGGACUUGAUUUUGAACGACCGGGUGCGUCAAACGUUCAUCUCGAGAGCGAGAAUCAUCGCGUACGUGCGCCACUUUUUGGACUCGUUAGGAUUUCUCGAAGUAGAGACGCCCAUGAUGAACACGAUUGCUGGGGGCGCCACUGCCAAGCCUUUCGUCACCCACCACAAUGACCUGAACAUGGACCUCUUCAUGAGAAUCGCGCCAGAGCUGUACUUAAAGAUGCUGGUUGUCGGCGGAUUGGACCGCGUUUACGAAAUCGGCCGGCAGUUCCGCAACGAGGGCAUCGACCUGACGCACAACCCCGAGUUCACCACCUGCGAGUUCUACAUGGCCUACGCAGACUACCACGACCUCAUGUCCAUCACCGAGAGCAUGGUCUCGGGCAUGGUGAAGAGCAUCACCGGCUCGUACAAGGUCAAGUACCAGCCGGAGGGGCCUGAAGGGCCCGAGGUCGAGAUCGACUUCACGCCGCCCUUCAAGCGCAUGCCCAUGAUGCAGACCCUGGAGGAGUGUCUGGGAGAAGCGUUGCCGGACCCGACGACGCUGUACACGGCUGAGGCGGCCGCCCGGCUGGCCGCCCUCUGCGAGAAGCACCAGGUGGAGUGCUCGCCGCCGAGGACGGCGGCUCGGCUGCUCGACAAACUGGUCGGACACUUCUUGGAAGACCAAAUCGUGCACCCGACCUUCAUCACGGACCACCCGCAGGUGAUGAGUCCGCUGGCCAAGUGGCACCGCUCCACUCCUGGCCUCACGGAGCGCUUCGAGCUCUUUGUCAUGACCAAGGAGGUGUGCAACGCCUACACCGAGUUGAACGACCCCAUCGUGCAGCGCGAGAGAUUCGACCAACAGGCCAAGGACAAGGCUGCUGGAGACGACGAGGCGCAGGCUGUUGAUGAGAAUUUCUGCACGGCUUUGGAGUAUGGCCUGCCUCCCACUGGCGGAUGGGGCAUGGGAAUCGACAGACUAACCAUGUUCCUCACCAAUAAUAAUAAUAUCAAGGAAGUGUUGCUGUUCCCUGCCAUGAAGCCUGAUGAUCAGAACGCAAACAAAGAAGAGCCGGAGGUGGCAGCUGACGGCGCUAAAAACUAAAACCUCUCUCUCCGUCUCUGAAUCUUGCGUUAAUUUAUAUUUUGCUGCGGCAAUCCACCAGCUCUUUUUACUGUCAAAAUAUUAGUGAAAUUUUUGCCUUGUCUUGACUUCCAACCAACCGACAAAUUAUUUUGUUUGUUGGCAAAUAAAAGUAAAAGCAGUUGAAACUCGUGAUUUUGUUUCUUGGUAAUAAAAGUCAUCACAUACUUAGGUA